CACCGGGAAACAGCUAUACAAUGCCUUGGUUGCCCUUGGACCCGGAGGAAGAUAUGAAUUCUGAUGCGCAGGAGAAUUCUGAACCGCCAAGCAAGCCGGUGGAAACGCCUACCGCUAUGCAAGUGCGAAACCGUCGCAAGCGUUAUUUAGACGCGCACCCGGAAUACUUCUCUGCUGAACUCGAGCUAGCCGACCCUCUCCUGUACGACCGUUUGAUCCGUCGGUUCCAGACAACAGAAGAACGAGAGGCGGAGGGGCGAGCGAAGGGGUUUUCAGGUGUUCUGCAGACAGACAUCAUGCGAUCAGAGGCUAAGCUGGACGCUCUCGCGCAUCCAGACCCUCACUCAAUACUCAGCUACACCCGUGGUCCGAACGGGGAGAUUCUAGCCGAGGACCGAGACGAGAUUCCCCUCGACAAGGAAGAAGGAGAGAAGCUUUGGCGACAGAAUAUGGAGCUACGGUUUUUGAGGGGUGAAGACCGAGACUUCGAUUAUACAACCGUGGACGAGAAUGAGGAAUACGAUGAUUGGAAUGAAGAGCAAGAGCGAUAUUUCGAUGAUGAAGAGCCGGAAUGGGUUAUCGAAAAUACAGAAGGGGACGAUAAUGUCCAGUCGCAUCUUCAGGGCGAGACGGGUGUUCAAGAUUUCUGAGAAGCGUUUCUUUUUUUUCUCGCUCUUGUUUAGAAGGGGUCAGAAAACAACGGACAAGAACUUCUUCAGAUGUCCACCAUGGAGCUUGCGCUGGCGCUUGUCCCUGCCGAAGAUAGGUCUCUCUUCGACCGUCAGAUGCUUGGCCUCAUUCGAGAACAUUCCCACCGCCGUCUGUGCUAGCUGAAGCUAGGGUUUAGUCAAGAUUGCUGGCACUGCAAUGUCCCAUCGGGGCUUUUAGCCUGAUGGUUGCCAUCUACCACGACUAUACAUCCCUACCACGAACACUUCUUUUCGCCAGGAAACGAGCGCCCGAGUUGUACCGUAUAUGGA